CCGACAUUACCCUCACGCCGAGCAACCUCACCCCACGGUCGCCAUAUUAAAUACUGAGCUGCUGGCGCCCCGAGGUCUGCACCCACUGUGAAACUUACCCUGCCGUUCUUAUGGCCCCAGAUUCGGAGUCCUCACACACUUUCCAGAAACUCAAGCUCGAUACCAAAGCAACGCACAAGCCCGUGGCUUCGACAUUUGCUGCAAUCCCUCGUGAUUCACGGCGAAAUGCUUCCGUCUCGUCUAUCGUAAAACCUGCUGAGCGCAUCGAAGUGGACGGCUAUGUCUACCCCAAUGGCGGAAAUACAAGGCAGGUGGAGGUCCACACGAACGGCAACCAACUGGCGCCCUACGACAACGGCGCGGCUGCCGUCGGCGACGACAUUGAAGCGAACUUCCGCAAACGCCAAACCUCCAUAAGCUUCGACACGGAAGUCACUCUCGACAGCGGUAACCGGCUUUCCAUUGAAGAGCCUUUACCCAAAUCUGCGAUACCGGAAUCGCUACCGGAGGUUUCCGAUGGUGAAGACUUCCCUAACACAACCUACAUUGAAACGCCACUUGAUCGACGAAAACAUAUACAACACCACCUUAGCGAAUCGAGGUAUCCACUCCUGCAACCCACUAUCGACGAGUUUGCGACAGACUCGAAAUACCUCGACCAAGAUCCUGUAGCCUCGCUAACAUCGGAAGCCACGGCCUCUCCCCCGCUAGAAGAAGUGCAAACGCCGCUUGACCCAUCGGGGGACUAUUUACUUUCUCCAAUUCCUGCUACCUCUCCAAUCGAAUUUCCUUACUCCUCCUCGCGGCGGAACGGUUCCCAGCGAUCGCGGAGCUACCGCGCAGAUCUAGCUGAUGGGGAAGGGAGCAUGAGAAGGACGAGCCGCCGGUCGUCAACGCGUUCAGGCCGUUCAAUAUCUUCCAUGUCCCCCGCCGCGUCCUUCCUCUCGAGGUACCAAUCCUACGAUACUCCGUUGAAGCCCACCGAACCCGACGAUGAAGGCCAGGGUAUCGGUUACGAUGGGGAAUACAUCAUUGGCAAGCAAAUAGGUUUUGGUGGCUUUAGUGUUGUCAAGGAGGUGACUACCAUUGAAAAUGGUGCAAGGAAAGUGCAUGCAGUCAAGAUUGUGCGAAAGCAGUUGCGGGACAAGUCGGAACUCGAAAAUGAGCAGAUUCAGACACAGUUCGACCACGAGGUCGAAAUCUGGAGAUUCUUACGACAUCCUUAUAUUCUUCCAUUACUCCGGGUUUAUAGUACGGAAUAUGCGACGUUUUGCAUCACUCAGCUUAACAAGGGUGGGACUCUCUUCGAUCUUAUCCGCGACACCCAUCGAAAAAAGAAGAACGGACUUCCAUUACAUCUGGUGAGGCGCUACUCGUACCAGCUCGCUUCAGCGAUACGAUAUCUCCAUAACGACGUCAUGAUAGUCCACCGCGACAUCAAGCUGGAGAAUUGCCUGCUUGACAUGACCGCACCUAGUGCAGAGGUAGAGGGUGGCAAUAUUUUGUUGUGUGACUUCGGCAUGGCGGACUUCAUCGUCAGCGACCAGCGAGACGGUCCAGAGCCCCAUUCAGUAGGGGCGAACCAGAACAUUGGUCCUGCAGACACAAGCACAUCAGUCGCGGGUAGCCUUCAAUAUGCCGCACCCGAGUUAUUUGACGCUUCUGGUCCUGUGUUUUCUACGGCCGCAGACAUAUGGGCAUAUGGAGUUGUUGUCUACACACUUCUUACAGCGCAGCUCCCAUUCAACGAAGGCUUAGAUAUAAAGACCACGAUGAAGAUCCGGAGAGGAGAAUGGAAUGUCGAGCUUGUCCGUGGAGCUGAUGCUUUUCAACAAGCCAGCGCUAACGAUGCGAUUGAUUUGGUUAGGGGAUGUCUCCACAUGGAUUUCGAAAAACGCUGGACCGUUAGUGACGUCCUUACCUGCCCAUUAUUGAGUGGAUGCAUGCAAAUAUAUGAGCAUGUGAACCGCUCAUGGCUUGCCGACUCAUAGAGACUAUUUGGGAUACCCGCCGCACGUUGCGACAUCGUUUUGCUUUAGCCUGUUUCUCGGUUUGGAAUACCCUUCGCAUUCACUGUUUCGAUACCUAUCCUUAUUUGUUAGAUGAAUCUUGCAUGGCCUGUCUUUUCUUGAGUCUUGAGGAUACCCCGCUUCUGUCUCCUUCCUCAAUCUUCAUUGGUCUGUCUUACAUCUUCCAAUUACCUAUUCAUGAUUCAUGUUGUACGAUAUCCCGAUCUACGCUACGUGGCGUGUCUUGUCUUCUCCGGACACCUCGGGGCACCUUUUUUUUAAUGUGUACGAGCUCUAGCUUCGGCGGCGUCCAGCAUGCUGUCUAAUAUACGAUACUCAACAUUAGCGAACUUGGUGUGAAACUUACGGCGACCCCAGCCACCAAGUUUGAGUUUUGG